AGCCUUCCCGGCACAGUGGGUGAAACCUCAACCCUUCACUCAUUCUGCAGGGAAGGGGAAAGUUCGAAACAUUGAGUCCCCGCCUAACUCUGGAGCUGGUACUGCCCCCGCCCCUUGCUUUCUGCGACGUCUAAGAUGGUCCGUGAACAGUACACUACAGCCACAGAAGGCACCCACGUGCAGAGGCCAGAGAACCCGUGUGUCUACAAAAUUGGCAUUUAUGGCUGGAGAAAACGCUGCCUCUACUUAUUUGUUCUCCUUUUACUCAUCAUCCUCCUUGUGAAUUUUGCUCUCACGAUUUGGAUUCUUAAAGUGAUGUGGUUUUCCCCAACAGGAAUGGGUCACUUGCGUGUUACAAAGGAUGGUCUUCGCCUGGAAGGGGAGUCAGAAUUUUUAUUCCCAUUGUACGCCAAGGAAAUACACUCCAGAGUGGAUUCAUCUCUGCUUCUGCAGUCAACUCAGAAUGUGACCGUCAACGCACGCAACUCUGAAGGGGAGGUCACAGGCAGGUUAAAAGUGGGUCCCAAAAUGGUAGAGGUCCAGAGUCAACACUUCCAGAUCAACUCCAAGGAUGGCAAGCCACUCUUUACUGUCGAUGAAAAGGAAGUUGUGGUUGGUACAGAUAAACUUCGAGUAACAGGGCCUGAAGGCGCCCUUUUUGAACAUUCAGUGGAGACCCCACUCGUCAGAGCCGACCCAUUUCAGGACCUGAGAUUAGAGUCUCCCACACGGAGUCUAAGCAUGGAUGCCCCAAAGGGUGUUCAUAUUAAAGCUCAUGCUGGGAAAAUCGAGGCCCUUUCUCAAAUGGAUAUCGUUUUCCAAAGUAGUGAUGGAAUGCUCGUGCUUGACGCUGAAACCGUGUGUUUACCCAAGUUGGUUCAGGGGACUCAGGGCUCUGCCGGCAGCUCACAAGAACUCUAUGAAAUCUGUGUGUGUCCAGAUGGGAAGCUUUACCUGUCCGUGGCUGGCGCGGGUACGACGUGCCACGGAAGCAGUCACGUCUGCCUCUAAACCACCUGCAUCUUCCACCGAACGCCUGCCUCGUGUCCGUGAGCUUUACGGUACCGACCUCAGGCCUUCACACUAAGCAACUUAACAUCCUAUAAAACCGAGAUGGUGGAUGGGAAGUCGGAGGACGGAAAAACGUGCCAACGGAAGUAGGAUGCAACUAUGCGCUCUCAGAAUGGUGUCUACUUAUGAGACACAGACGUCUAGCAACAGCAAACAAGGAAAUGUUUGUUCCGCGACACUUAUUUUCAUCAGAACCGCUGCGACUUUUCCUUUUCUUUCUUGUAGAUAAUCUACAGUGAAAGAUUGAAUUGCUGUGUGGAAUUAACUUAGGCUGUUCAGUUGUGAAUAUCUAAUUCCCCACGGAAACAGCAUUGGUCUAAAUGCCCCCAAAGUUCAAUGUGGUCCCAUUGUAUCACUGAAACCCACGCACUCAUUUUAACGCACAGCGUGUCAGGUCUCACGAGAAAAUCUUCAGGUUUUAAGGGGACUUAGGUGGAUCUGAUUGUCAACAUGUAGUCAAGAGAAUAAAUUCUACAAAAUCGAUCAUGUUUUCUUUAUGCAUAGUCAACAAGCAAUAAACAUCAACCUACAUUUUCACAAA